AUGCCCGCUGAGCAAGCUGAACUAGUUCAAAGCUACAUAAAUACUCGAGAGUAUUUAACAAUUAAGAUCUACGAUUGUUAUUUAUUAAUUCAUCGAAAUAUUAUUCAAAAUUCUCACAAUCGUGAAUUAGGUUUAGAAUUACCACCUGCAAUUGUCAAACGAAUCUUCGGUUCGAAUCCGUUGUCAGUUAUUGAUGUUACAACAACGCGUCAUGUUGAUCCAUCACUGUACGAUAUAAUCAUAUUUGCGAAUAAAUCAGCUGUUUAUACACGAACGAAACUAACAGUGGAAAAGACGCGCGGAUUUAAGAAACUACCGUAUUAUGUUCAUGAAGAUUUAGAAUUAUUGAAGUGUUGUGGCAUGUCACGAGAAGAAAUCGAGUUUUUCCGACAGAAAUUAGAUGUUUAUGGCUUGAAAAACAAGAUUGUUUCGAAUAAGACCGAUGCAAUCGUGCAGAAAAUUAUUGAUUAUAGUGACAUGUCGACGAGAUUGAAUUGUCGAUUAGUAUCAAAGAAAUGGAAAGCGUUGGUCGACCAGUCAUCAGCGUGGAAUCAUGUUCGUUUGACAAAAUCAUCUCGAUAUAUCGACCGAGCGUUGAGUUACUUUCAAAAGAUUGAUAUUCAUGAAUUGGAUCUUUCUCAAUCGUCAAAUCAAUCUCUAAACUGUGAUAUCAAUAGCAAAUUCUCGUUAUAUUCUCUCCGAACACUUUGUAUAUCUACUGAUCAUUCACAUGAAUUAUUAACGUUAUUAUUUAGUAUGGCUCCUUUUGUACAGUAUAUUAAACUUUUGCAAACAGUUCGUUCUUCGUUAACGAUCCCGACAGAUCGGUUCGACGAACAAAUUCAUGCUAUGAUAUGUUUAUGUCAAACUCAUUUGAAAUGUUUACAGAAAUUACAUAUUCAACUUCGAUCUGCAUCAGAUCAAAUAUUCCUUCAAUCAUCAAUCGUUAGCUCAUUACCAAUUACGUAUGAAGUCAUUACUUAG